AACCACAGAGUUUGCAUGCAAUGUGGUACUUGCCUGAGUCUCUGCGUAUCCGCCCUUACUGGUAAACCGAAACUUACUUCAACUGUGAGAUUUUAUCUUACUUUUAGCUGUCCCUUAUUGCAUCAAUAUGGCAUUUCAGACUCCUUAUACUAAUCCGAAACUCCCAUUUACAGGAUUGAUCCAGGGGAGCCUGUUUGAAGGAAAGAUCAUCUCUCUGACAGGUCGGGUCAUGCCAGGAGCAGAGAGGUUUCAUGUGAAUUUGCAAUGUGGCACCCAAGCAUCUGCAGAUAUAGCCCUCCACUUUAACCCACGCUACUCCGGCAACUCAGGCUAUGUGGUGUUUAACACACUGCAGAGUUCAUCCUGGGGUACAGAAGAACAUAGCAGCCCCACUCCAAUUCCCAGAGGCUCUGACUUCACCCUCUCCUUCUUGAUCAACCGCGACUCCUAUUCGGUGGUUGUGAAUGGAGUUAAUUUCCAUGAGUACUUGCACCGCAUCCCUAUCUCCCGUGUGAACGCCAUCUCCGUAGGUGGGGGUGUGGAUAUCCAGUCCAUCUCUUUCCAAAAUCCUGCUGUCGGAAAGUCUGACUUGGUGAAACCUUCUUAUGCACAGCCUGGUGUAUGGGCUAUGCAUACAGGCAGUUCUUUUUUACAGGCACCUCCUCCAUACAGUGCUCCAGAGACUUAUAUUGUGCCGUAUAAAGCUGUUAUCCAAGGUGGAUUUUACCCUGGCAGAGUAAUUAUGGUUCAAGGCUUUGUUAACCACGAUGCAGACAGGUUCAGCAUUAACCUGCGUCAUAACUCUGGAAUUGCGUUUCACUUUAACCCACGUUUCAACGAGAAUGUAGUGGUGCGUAACAGCCUGAUAAAAGAACAAUGGGGUCGUGAGGAAAGAGAGGGUGGUUUACCCUUCUACAGAGGCCAGCAGUUUACGGUGAGCAUUACGUGUGAACCGCAGUGCUACAGGAUAAUUGUCAGUGGUGUACAAAUGUUCACCUACAACCAUCGUUACUCCUUGUUUCAGGAGAUCGAUAUCCUCGAGGUUGCUGGCAAUAUCAGCCUUAACUCUGUAAGAGUUUGAGUCUUUUUUUUGGGUUCCUGCAACCCCAACACAACUGCACUCAUCAGUGAUUUUUUCAUUAAAAGGUCAAAAUUAAGUCAUUAGUACUGUUUAAAAGUGUGAGGGGCGCUGAAAUUAUGACGAUUCCAAGUGCUCUAAGGUUGUGAACCACUGGUUUAAGUGCUAUUGAACUAGUAGUUAUAAGUAUAAUGGCUGUAACUAAGAGCUUACUAGGAGAUACUUUCUUUUUAUAUACACUUCUUAUAUUGUAUUAAAAACCUUUUUUCUUCAGUUCUUCAAAAAUACUUUUGUUCUAUAGUUCAUUGUAAUCAUUAAUUUUUUUUAUAUAUUUCAUUGUAAUCUAAUCCAAUUGUAAAUCGAGUGAUACUAUUUUUGUAAAGCAGAAUAACUGUAUAUGACUUUCAUGGUAUAUCAGUAAAGAACAUUAGGCUGCAAAACAGGGCCGGAGUGGGCCCCUUUUUCAGCCCGGGAGUUUCAUGCCCAAACCCCGCCCACUUUUUUCAUGGAGGAAUUAAUGUGAAUAAAUGAAACAGCAGCUAGCUCUUACAAUGCCUUUUUAUUGGGUAUAUAACAGAAAACACUUCACUUCAAAUUUAAAUCAGAUAAAGAUUUAAAGGGUAAAAAAUGUGAUAAAAAUGAAAACGUAUUUACAUUUGUAGAGGAGCAAUAAGUUAACGGUGUCAUUGUCUAUAGACAUGAUACAUGGCUUAUCUGCUGCUCUGAGGCUAAAAAACAUUUCAUUAAGGGUUAGCCUAUUUUGCUGAAUAACAUAACAUGCUUGAAGUUUUUGUUUGUUUUUAACAAUUUAGCCUAUAUUAUGAUGGUGUAAAAUUGAUAGUGAUUUAGGCUAUUUAGUGAUUUAGUGAUUAGUCUCUACUUGUUAAAAUAAAUUAGGCUAUCAUGCUGACAUCUUUCUGAAUGUCUAAACAAUUUAACAUAUAUCAUGUAUAUUCUCUACGUUAUAUUUUACAUUACAAAUAACUAUCUUAGUUUAAAUAACUCUGUUAGACUAUCCUCUACCUGUCCCUGCAGUAGUCAUGGAUCAUCAGUACAGUAGCGUCGGAACAAAAACAUUCCAUUAAUGAGUUAGGCUAUUUAAUAUAUUACACUUCAAAUUAUGUUUAUUAUUUUCAUCUUGAAACUGGAUAUUUGUGAUGAGUGGUGUGUAUUGGGUUCUACAAAAUAAACUACGCUAAGUUGACAUUGCAAUUGUUGCUUAAUAGCCUUAGUGACAGUACAACAUUAUUUCCAUAUCUCUCUUUACCGGCUGCAACUGGGGUCCGUCCUCUGGAAAACAGGUCUGUUCAUUUGGCACAUUUGGCAGCUUUUUUUUUUUUUUUACCUGGCCUUUUCGGCUUCACCUGGCCUCUUCCCUCCCUCCAUCACCACUGACUGAUGGUUUGCGCUACUUUUACCGGCGCUCCAGAAAAGAGGGGGGGAUUCCCUCAGAUGGUAGAACCCAUCUAAUUGACUGCGGUGUAGGGGCUGCGCUGUCAGAGGAAUGCAGAAUGAAUGCAAGAAUAAAAUUAGAUAAGUGACAUAAAUGUCAAGAUUAUUUUUCCCAACCGGCCCAAACUCGAGACUGACAUGAGCUGGCCCUUCGGGAAUCCUCCCGAAUCUCCCGAUUAGCCACUCCGGGCUUGCUGCAAAAUACAUAUGUAAAAAUUCACAAAUGGUGAAAGCCGUAUCUUUAAGAUAAAAAUGUCCCAUGUAAUGAGCAUAUUAAAACAACAUAUAAUUCUAA